AUGAGUAAACAGCAACCUUGGCUAGAUGACCUGUCUGAAGACUGGAUCCCACAAUCUCGCUCCUCACAAACUUCCUUGCGCGACCGCAUCUCCAACUCCUUCAAACGCUCGUCACGCGGCCAGUCCGCCUCUCCGCCCACCAGUGUUUCUUCGUCGCAAAACAAACCAUCCUUCUUCUCCCGAAAUUUGCGCAAAACAUCAGAGCCACUCCGCUUAUCGGACGUCGAAAGCAACAAUAGCAACGUUUCGUCCAACCACACUUUUUCCAUGAUCAAUGUUGUCACCUCGAGUGUCGGUCCAAAAGGCAAGAUUGCUCUAUCCGUACAAGUUCAAUCCGAAAAUACCCCUAUCACAAGUUGUACCAUGCGCAGAAGACCCCAAAGUAAACAUACCAAAGAAGACAGUACCCCAGAAUGGAAGAAGCGUCUUGAUCGCGGUGAAGGUCCGAUGGGAGAAGGGGGCGACUUGUUCGGCCCCAUGGAACUGGAGAAUGUGUUUAAGCCGCCGCCUACCCAUACUGAACCAAACGCAAGGUCGAAUCUUUUUACAUCCGUGCAGACCCAGGUUGAUCAGCCACGGUCGCUACAGCCUUCAAAAUCGCCCAGCGACAAGCUGCCAGACGUUUUGCUGAAAGAUUUGGAUGAUUCCCGGACUAGAAGCGGAAAUUCUGUUGGUGAUGGCCAAGACAGUGUGGAGAGAUAUAGUACGUCCUUAGACAACGCUAAAUGCUGGUUGGGGGACGGUGUCCACGCGAGCGAAAGUGCUAGCUUUGAUCCCAGAUCACGAACUGUGAGCGGUAGGGAGGAACUGCGUAACGAGGAAAUUACUCCGAUCCUCUUCUCCAAGGACGACAAUGAUACCGCUGGCGAUUACACAAAUCAGGAAAUUCUGGAGUCACUUCUUGAGCAAGUAAGAAACCCAAACCUAAAAGAAACCUUUCCCGAUUUUCGCAGACACAAUUCAGUUGCCAGUGAUGAUGGCAAUUACCUCAGCCGUCGGGAACAUCAAACGUUCACGGGAGGAAUAGAGGAUUCUAUCGAAAUGACCAGUCAGUCGCUACCUGAAGACUUAUCUGUUGGAACAAUGGAUUUCGGCUCCACUGGUGGUGGCUUUGUAAGCAUACGUCGUGGUGGUUAUUCCAGUGAUGGGUCAUUUCGCCGUCGCCAACUUUCAUCAACUUCUCUCCUCUCGCCGCUUCAUUCAGCCUCCUUCCUGUCUAGCAUCAGAAAUACACCACUCAAUGAGAGUCGAAAGGACACAUUCAAUUCACAGCAACAACACCCUCCCCCUCAAUCAUUCCUUACGCCACACCGCGCACGCCGCGAGACGAACGACUCAAGACCAAGAUCGUCUGGUAGCCCCUUGAAGUUAUUCGGGGAGUACGACACAUUUACCAGUAACAAACUACUAAGAAGAAUGAGUCAAUUUGAAGAGUCAUUUAAUAACGGCCCAGAUGAAGCAACCCCAUCACCUACAGAAAACCGUCAGAAGACGGGAAGCCGAAGCCAACCGACUUCACGCCGUAAUAAAAACCAAACAGCAACCACAUCGUCCUCUCGAAGUUGCUGUGAAACUCCCACCAAAUCGCCCUGCGAGGAGAACCGGAAUCAAGCCAAUUCCAGAGACCACUUGAGUUCAAAUAGCUGCGGUUCAUCAGAGCAACCAACCGACGGUCUCAGUCUGCUCCCCGCCCUUUCCCUGGUAAUCACAACUGAAAACGGGAUAGGACCAUCAGAUCUUCCAUCUCGAGGAAGAGAAUCCGGCAAACAAAGCCAAAUACAAUCUUCAAAACAACAACAUGAUCCAUUUGGCCUCUCACAGACUAAGGGUUUUCCAGCUCCAGCAGCUAGGAAGAAGAUGGGUACCCAUCCAAAUAAUCCAGCAAUGCAAAACGAAAAUUGCGAUGUAAAUCCAUUUAGACAGAGCGAGACGAAGAGGGUUUUGAACAGUCCGACGAAAGACCCGAGCCGAAAACGAAGGAGAACACUACAAAAUAUCGAUCCCAAUAAUCAACUUCUGGCGUCUUCUCUUCUUGAAUCUCCUCAAUUUUCUGCCAGUUAUAACAACCAAAACGACCAGAACUAUGGACAGAUUCAAGCUGGAUGCAAUGGGGAACGAGACGAUGGUGACUUACAACUCCCACCUCGUCCACGAACGCCAACUCCCUCGCAAAUAAGGUCUCAGGUUGGAAACCAAGAGAUACCUAAAACUAAACAUAUUCACAAACCACAAGUUCCCCUUGAUAUCGUCCAACACGCCGAGAAUAAACAUGAGCACAAGCUCUCCUCUAUCGCAAGCCCCAGUCAUAUCUUCGACGACAGUAGGAAAGUCUCAAUUACCACGCAAGAUUUUUUGAACGAAGCUACUAAGAUCAUGGACAUAAUACGUGCCCGAGGAAGCGCCAAGCAUAAUCACGGUUUGUCGAGUGUCGAAGAAACCGAACGUUUGAGUGAUGUUGCUAGCGAUCCGGACUACUCCUAUAAGGAUGCUGAAGAGCAGUCGACCCAGGAAGAGUUUUCAAGGCCGCCAAGUCGCGAGGGGGUUGUUGAUCUUCGCAGGCUACGAGAGCAACCACGUAAGCAGCACCCGCGUAUAGUGAGCCAUUUGAAGAAGUUUGAAGACAAGGAUGACUUUGGGCUUUAUAUGGGGGGGUCCGUAAAGUCCCUACGUCUUAAUCGGGAACGGUAUAUGGCUACAUAUUCCAUUAAUAGGCAGGCAGAUAAGCAUGACGGCAAUGAGCAUGAUGCUGUUGAAAACAGCACGAAGAUGCAUCUACGAGGAUUGUCCGCCCCAGACCUGGAGAAAGGUGCAACAGGCACCUUUUCAAGUUUACCCAGCGGCUCUAAUAGCCAUGGCGGCGCGGAUUCCCAGCAGGACAUGUCAUCGCAAAGGUCAGCUGGAAACUCAUUGCCCACAGCAUCUUCCCGGGGCUCUUCGAGUGGCUCUGGGGCCAAAGGGAUCAUAUCUUCCGAGAUGAUAGCUCACUUGAUACCCGAGCAGGUCGGUUCGAUGACUUAUGACCGCUCAGCGCAUGCUUGGGUAAAGGGCGGAGACGUGGUGAUACCUGCUGAAGAAAGAUCAUUAGUGUCGAAUGCGAUAGAAGACAACGCCAUUAUCAGUGAAGAAGACCCCUUUAAAGAUAUUCCGGACCUUAGCGUUGAUGAGCUACAAGAGCUCAUGGCUAUGCAAACGUUUUCGUCGCCGGCAACGGCAAAAGGCAAACUAUGUGAGAUAACGGCUGCUUUUAGUGAACGGGGACCCAGUAAUCUAAAAGAAUCUCAGCAACAGCUUCAACAGUCGAAAGGCGAGAAAGGGGAUGCAAGGGAGGAUAAUCGUCAGCAGAUUCCUGAUUUCCGACCAAAUACACGAGAUGGCGCACGUUUUGAGACAAGUUCCGUACAAUCGAAAUCCACACGGUUUACGUCGAGCUGUCCGAAGCCGGAAACCAGAGCUACGUCCUGGGGUAGUGAGGAGCUAGCUGCUCCUGGACAGCUUGCUGGAAUUAAUGAUUUAGGAAAUUGUUUAAAGUGUGAUAGUGCCCAACCUUCCGCCGGCGAAAGGCGUGGUCGGGUGCCUACGAUUUCGUUCUCGUCCCCUUUGGUAUCCCAUGUGGUGUACCGGGAGGAAUCCCUUGAGCAGGAGCAUCCGUUGCCAUCUACGGCGUAUCAUGACCACCUCGGGUCUAAUUGCUUCGGGUAUUCUCUGAGCCAUUCAGACAACCUACCGCGUCCAUGCAGCCAAGGCUCCCCCUUCCGGAUCUCUUCGGUCCAGAAUAGUUCAUUCGAUAGUCGCACUUUCAAGGGAAGACCUAUCUCCCGAAUCGAUGAGCGAACUGAAGAAUCUGCCAUUGAUGACCAUAAUACUCAACAUCAUGACCUUUCUGUUAUCCAAGCCCCAGGGCAUGAGGACCACUCGAUGAUUUUACCAGGGAGCCCAAACAUGGAUAGCAGUUAUAGCUUCCAGCUUGCCUCUCUGUCGGAUUUUACGCUUCAUCAAAUUGAUGAGUCUAUGCGACGUGACGUUAGUUAUGUUGCUGAGCGGACUCGUCCGACCUCUCUCAGACAGGUGCAUGGGACAUUUACUCUGGCGACUGAAGAUUUGAUUAAACAUAUUACUGACAUAGAGCCUUACGAACCAUACUGGGAACACCUACGUCGACUAAACCUUCGCAGCAAAGGUUUAAUAACGUUACACAGACUGAACGAAUUCUGUUCGCGACUUGAGGAGCUCGACGCAUCCGACAAUAACGUGGGCCAGGUUAGCGGUGUCCCCUCGGGCAUUCGCACAUUGAAGAUCCCACGCAACUGCCUGUCAAACUUGACUGCAUGGGGCCAUCUAUCUAACCUUCAAUAUUUGGAUGUGUCGGGGAACAAGCUGGAGGAUCUUGAUGCGUUUUCGGGACUUGUUCAUCUGAGGGGUUUGAAGGCGGAUGGGAAUCGGAUCCGGGAUAUUCGUGGUAUCAUGCAUUUGAAUGGGUUGUUGUCGCUGAAGGUGAGGGGAAAUUUGAUUGAGGAAGUUGACUUUGGAGAAGCCGAGUUGACUCGGUUGAUCCACCUGGACUUGCGUGAUAAUUCCCUCACGAGUGUUCGCAACAUUGGAUUCAUCAAAACUAUCGAAAAGCUGGACCUUCGAGGAAAUCGUAUUCGGCAAUUCGAAUCGUUGGAAGUUCUUCAUUGCAUGCACUCACUUAUUCUAUCGAACAAUAACAUAGAGGAACUAGAUAUCGGGAAAUUCCCCAACCUCCACCUCCUCUAUUUAGACAGGAACCAUCUCUCCACGAUCACCGGUCUGGACCAGUGUCAUUACCUCGACAGUUUAUCUCUCCGCGAACAAACAAUGCCAUCCUCUUCCCAACAAUCCGUGAUGGCCCAACUUCCCCUCAUCCGCCUUGACCUUGAUGCAGCCGCCUCCCUCCGGAAGCUAUACCUAUCAUCCAACCGCCUAUCCCCAGCUCUUCUCGCUCCACCAACCGGCGUCCCUAGCCUACAAUACCUUGACAUCGCCUCGUGUGCCUUGGAAACUCUACCCAAUACUUUCGGCAUCGCCUUCCCAAACCUCCGCGUCUUGAAUCUUAACUUCAACGCGCUCUCCGACAUCUCCGAAUUACAAGGCAUCACACGCCUUGGUCGCGUUUUGUUAGUUGGUAACCGCAUCGCUCGGCUUCGGAAGCUCUGCCAGGUUCUGAGAUCCGUCGGUGGCCGCAGCGGUGCACUGGGCGAUGUGGAUUUAAGAGGGAACCCAAUUACGGUGGGGUUCUAUCCGGCACCUGUCACAGGAAGUGGGCGGGUGUGGAGGGAUGAGAAGGGGCGCCUUGUCGGGGGCAGACAGGUGGGAAGACGAAAGAAUGAGAAAAAGUAUGGGUAUGGGUAUGACGAAGAGGAAAGGCAGUUACAGGUUCGCAAAAGUGAUGAUGGGGAGGAAGGGGAGGAUGAUGCGGGUUUCCCGACCUUGGGUGGCUGUACAGAUAUUGCACGGAAAGGAUUCAGUGAUGACGACGAGGCUCGUGAUGAGGUUGAAGCUGAGGAUGAGGGGAGGGUUGAGAUUGAGAUUGAUGACCACUACACUGUGCCGCCGACGAAUGUCAUUGCAGAUCGCAAGUAUGUCGUACACCUGGACGAAGCGACGAGGUUGCGGAGAAGAGUUGUGGAGCUGAUGGUGCUGGCGGCGGCUGCGGGGAGGUUGAGGGUCUUGAAUGGACUUCCUGUUGUCAAUGGAUGUGCGGGGGGUAGCGUAGGUGAUUUUUGGGAUGAGGGUGCUAGCUCCAGUGGUGGCAGUGGUGGUGAUGGUGGCGCAAUGGGGAGGAGUGGGUAUGUGAGAAAGGAUGAGGUGUGGAGGCGGUUGGAAGAGUUAGGGGUUCUUAAAAAAAAGAAGAGCAAUCAGAAAAAGGAGCGGCAAGAUAGCUGA